AUGCACUCUUCUCUGGACAACUACCUCUACUUGCGUCUAUUCAAGAUUCUUUUCACCAUCUGCCUGGUCGGUGCAAUCAUUACUUGGCCCAUCCUUUUCCCCAUCAAUGCGACUGGUAUGUAUUUCGUAAGUUCUCCAUGUGUUUUCCUUGGUCUGACGAGUUUGCANGGCGGCGCUGGUAACAAGCAAUUCGAUCUCCUUUCGUUCAGCAAUGUGGCAAUUCCUAGCCACACCAACUACUACUAUGCGCAUGCCAUCCUUGCUUGGGUCUUUGUUGGAUUCGUCAUGAUUGUCGUCACCCGCGAGAUCAUCUACUUUAUCAGUCUCCGCCAAUCCGUCAUCACCUCGGUAGCUUACAGCAGUCGUUUGUCGGCCAGAACUGUCAUGUUCACCAACGUCGCUGAAGACUACCUCAAGGAAAGCGCUCUGCGUGAGCUGUUCACUGGAGUGUCCCGCGUCUGGAUUCAGCCUAACACCAAGGAGCUCGACGACGUUGUCGACGAAAGAGACAAAGCUGUGCAGAAGCUCGAGGCUGCAGAGAACAAGCUCGUCCAGAAGCUCGUCAAGACCCACAAGAAGGCUGAGAAGAAGGGUAAGGAGGACAAGUCAACUAUCGACCGCGAGAGCGGCCGUGUCGAGGUCGACCAGAAGAUUCGCCCCACUCACCGUCUUGGAAAGAUUCCCUUCAUCGGCAAGAAGGUCGACACAAUUGACUGGGCCCGUCCUGAGAUCGUCCGUCUUAACAAACAGGUUGACGAAGAGCUCAACAAGGCUCGCAACGCCGACAAAGUUCCCGCCGUCUUUAUUCAAUUCGAGACUCUUGAGCUCGCCCAGGCUGCUCACCGUCAAAUGUCAGGAACCAAGCAGAAAGUCAAGGGAGCCAAGCUCACCCCCAAGACUGUUGGUGUCCAGCCCGAGGAUGUCAUCUGGAAGAACCUGGAGAAGAAGAACAUGGUUACCCGUCUCAUCAUGGUUGCAUCCACCAUCUUCGUUAUUCUCAUGAUCGUCUUCUGGGCCAUUCCUGUUGCUUUCGUUGGUGCCAUCUCUAACGUCAAGACUCUCGAGACUAUCCCUGGCUUGACCUGGAUCAGCAGCAUUCCCAGUGUUAUCCUCGGUGUCAUUACUGGUUUGUUGCCCUCUGUUCUGCUUGCUGUGCUCAUGGCCUUGGUGCCUAUCAUCUUGAGACUGCUUGCAGGCAUGUUUGAACCUACCAAAUCUGCAGUCGAAUUGAGAGUCCAGGCCUGGUACUUCUCAUUCCAGGUUGUCGACGUUUUCCUCGUGACCACCUUCUCAUCCGGAGCUGCCGCUGUUGCAAAGCAGAUUGUCGACCAGCCUGCAUCUGCACCUACGCUUCUCGCUAGCAACCUUCCUCUUGCUUCCAACUUCUACACUGCCUACUUUGUCAUUGUUAUGCUGAACAAGGCCGCCGUGCUCGUUCUCAACAUUGCNCCCCUAUUGUUCAUCACCAUUCUUGGUAGCAUCUUGGACUCGACACCCCGCAAGGUCUACAAUCGUUACGUCAACUUGAUCGGUCUUGGUUGGGGUUCCGUCUACCCUGCCAAUGCAAUGCUCGGAGUCAUUGCUAUCGCAUACUCCUGCAUCGCUCCUCUACUCCUUGGGUUUGCAACCGUCGGAUUUGCUCUCUUGUACUUUGCCUACCGCUACCAACUCCUCUACGUGGUUGGCAACGACUCUAUCGAUAUGAAGGGUCGCGCUUAUGCUCGUGCUCUGCAGCAGAUCACAGUCGGUGUAUAUCUUCUUGAGUUCUGCUUGAUUGGUCUCUUCGCCAUUGGCAUUGCUUCGGACAGAGCUGCUAUCGGUCCUCUGAUCAUCACCAUCAUCCUGACCGUCUUCACCAUCAUCUAUCACGUCAUCCUGAGCAAGACACUCGGUCCCAUUGUCGAUGGUCUCGAGAUGAUGCCUGGUAGCGAGGACAGCAACAGAGGAUACUCGGGUGCAGAGACGAUGGAAGAGGGCAAGCCCAGCACCACCUCCAACCGCGCCACCUCACCAACCCUUGCCGGGUCCACCACUUCUCCCGAGUCCAAGAAAUCAGGCAUCAAAGGCAAACUCCAGCACUUCUUCUUCAGCUCCCGCUUCGCCCAGAAGUGGCUUACUGUGCGCAAGGAGCUUGCCUCCCACUUCAACGAGCCUACCCGCCCUUACACUAAUGAGGAGCUCGAGUUUGCUUUCCAGCCCCCAAGUUUGGCUAAUGAGCAGCAGCUCGUGUGGAUUGCCCGUGAUGAGUACGGUCUUUCUUCGCAGGAGGUUGCUGGCUGCAAGGAGCACGAUAUCCCUGCUUCCGACGAGGAAGCUACCUUGAAUGAAAAGGCAAAGGUGCAGUGGAGCCAGGAGAGAAUCCGCGAGUCUCCCAUCUUUGAGGAGAAGGUUCCUUACUAA